CCAACAAGGAUUGUAAAGACUCAAAGAUCUUUCCACAUUGAUUUUGGUAUCACCAUGAGUGUAUAUAUAGCAAUGGCCAUUUGGGAAAAGGAGAUCACCACAACACAAAGUUUUACCAUAUUGCUCCCAAUUCUUUCCCCUCUUAAUUUGGUCCAAAGCAGUUUAGCCAUGACUAGAAAGAAGGUGAAGCUAGCAUUCAUCGCCAACGACUCGGCGAGAAAAGCAACAUUCAAGAAAAGGAAGAAGGGCUUGAUGAAGAAGGUGAGCGAGCUGAGCACCCUCUGCGGCAUCGACGCGUGCGCCAUUAUAUAUAGCCCCUACGAGUCUCAACCCGAGGUAUGGCCAAACACCGCGGGCGCCCAGCGCGUGCUGACCCAGUUCAAGAGGAUGCCGGAGAUGGAACAGAGCAAGAAGAUGGUGAACCAAGAGGGGUUCAUCAGGCAGAGGAUCGCGAAGGCAACCGAGCAGCUCAAGAAGCAGUGCAAGGAUAACAGAGAGAAAGAGAUGACCGAAGUCAUGUACCAGUGCCUGACGGGGAGAGGGCUGCAGAAUCUGGCGAUGGCGGACUUGCACGAUCUUGGGUGGUUGGUCGAUCAGAAUUUGAAGGAAAUCCACAAGAGGAUCGAUUGGUUGAAGAAAUCGGCCUCUUCUCAAGUUGUUGCGACGGGGGGAUCAUCGAAGAGUGCUACUAGCGAAAUGGCGAGGAAUGGAGGAGGGCCGGGGCCGGGACAGCAGGAGCAGAAGCCGGCGGUGGAUUUGGGAGCGGAUGCUAUGCAGAGUAGGCCGCAAUGGUUCACUGAUUGGGUGAAUAAUCCAAACGAGAAUAUGGGUUUUGGCGGGGAUGAUCAAAUGAUGCUGCCAUUCGGGGAUGGCCAUGGUGCUAUGUGGUCUAGUGCUUUCUUCCCAUGAGAUUACUGAUCUUAAUUACUUGCUUGACAAUCAAUCCUUUUAGUUCUUUAUUUUGAUCCUUUGUGUGUUUUUUGUUUGUUUGUUUUUUUUUUUUUUUUUUG